UUUGUUUUAUUAACCGUCAGUCAAAUUGACAAUCAUGCUCGCGAUUGGCGUGCGAUUUUUAUAAGAAUUUAUUUUAAACCGUGGCUUAUUUUCUGACAAUUCAACCAACCUGAAAUUUUAAAACUGAUUCAAAAUGUGCGACCAAGAGUUCAGAACGCUCCGUGUCGACCCUCGAUACCCUUUUCAAAACAAAACUAAAGCGUGCUACGACAACUACUGCGACUACUACAAGUGCACGCGGUUGCUAGGCGAGGUGGACGACUGCAAGCUGUUCAAGCGGUACUUCGAGACCAUCUGCCCCAACGCCUGGAUCUCGCAUUGGGACGAGUUGCGCGAAAAGGGCGCCUUCCCCGGCCCGAUAUAGCGGCGAUGGCAAUAUACUGAUCAUUUGAUA